GUCACCUUUAUGAACAAGCGUUUGUAUACCUUCUGUGAAUUUUUCUUAUAAAUCACAGCCACAAAGACAUUUUGAAAAUGAGGAUUGCUGCAAGCAUCAUGUGUGUCUUAGCUAUUGGUUUUACAGUUUACUGUUUCAUGUACAUGUCAUUUAUCGGACAGGAGAGGAGUAAAGAGAACGAGUUACACAGACAAGAAGAUCUGGAGGUUCGCAGAAGACUGAGGAGAAUAGAAGAUCAAGUUAAUAAAAUAGUUUCAGCUAUAGAAAUCAAACAUCAAAAAAUCAAAGAGGCUGUUGUGGAACAGAAAACUGAGAUUAAGAAGUUGUAUCCACAAUCGCCUCUCUUUAAAUCAUGGGGAGCUGAACUUACAGAAGAGGAACAGAUGGAAGCAGAAAGGCAGUUUCAGGAGUUUGGAUACAAUGUGUUCCUCAGUAACAGAUUACCAUUGAACAGAAAAAUCCCUGAUACUCGAGACAUCAGAUGUACUGUGAAGAUUUACCCUAAGGACCUGCCAAACAUUAGUGUGAUUCUGAUCUAUUUGAAUGAGGCUCUGUCAGUCAUUAAAAGGGCAAUCUGCAGCAUCAUUGACAAAACUCCUGCUCAUCUUCUAAAGGAGAUCAUCCUGGUAGAUGACUACAGCUCGAACGAGGAUCUGCAUUUGGCUUUAGAUGUAUAUAUUCAUCUAAUUAAUAAAGACAAACCUGGCUUAAUUAAAAAAGUGAGACACAAACGGCAGAUGGGCCUUGCCAAGGCAAGGGUCUCAGGUUGGGAAGCGGCCGCAGGUCAGGUGGUAGCCAUUCUGGAUGCGCACAUUGAAGUUCAUUGGGAAUGGGCAGAGCCACUACUUGCAAGAAUCAAAGCUGACAGGACAGUAGUGCUGUCACCAGUGUUUGACAAAGUGAUGUUUGACACACUGGAGGUUAAGAAGUAUAAUCCUGCUGCUCAUGCGUUCGACUGGAACCUUUGGUGCAUGUAUGAGUCCUUCCGCCCAGAAUGGCACAAAAUGAAUGACCCAUCAGAACCAGGAAAGAGUCCCUCAGUCAUGGGUAUCCUUGUCGCUGAACGUCAAUUCCUGGGAGAAAUUGGAGUUUUGGACGAAGGAAUGACAAUUUAUGGGGGUGAAAAUGUUGAAUUAGGAAUACGUGUGUGGCUCUGCGGUGGGAGUAUUGAAGUGGUGCCGUGUUCAAAGAUCGCACACAUUGAAAGAGCACAUAAGCCAUAUUCACCAGAUUUCAGCAAAGCUAUGCGUCGAAACGCCCUGAGAGUGGCUGAAAUCUGGAUGGAUGAAUAUAAAUCAAAUGUUAAUAUUGCCUGGAAUCUCCCUCUAAAGGAUCAUGGGAUUGAUAUUGGUGAUGUGACUGAAAGAAAACAGUUACGAGAGAAACUCAAAUGUAAGCCUUUCAAAUGGUACCUGGAAAAUGUAUAUCCUCUCCUAGACAGGUGGGAAGACAUAAUUGGUUAUGGUGUGCUGAAGAAUGACAUUCAGAAAAGAUACUGCAUUGAUCAAGGACCUGUUCCUGGAAGUGUACCUAUUCUGUACACGUGUCAUUACUAUGAACCUCAGCAUUGUUACUACAAUCGUAAUGGAGAGAUCUACAUUGGAGGCAUCAAAUCUCACACGUAUAACUCUAACCGUUGUCUAAUGGACCCUGGUAGUGGAAAUACACCGGCGUUACAUAACUGCAAAAAUGCCAAGGAGAAAGGAUUGAGUGUAUACUGGGACUUUUCUCAGGGAAAUGCAAUAAGAAACAGAAACACAAAUCGAUGUCUUGAAAUCAGACAAGAAGAGGAUUCUCACUAUUACCUUAUUUUGCAAGCUUGCACAGGACAAAAAUGGACAAUACAACAUGUCAUCAAAGAUUUUUAAAAGGAAAUUUCACAGAAGUGGAAACACUGUAAAGGAAAUCAAUGUAGAAAAACUUCAAAACAAGUCAUACUGUCAUAAAUCAGGCCUCUGUGGUUCCUCUGAUUGGCACCAGAGGGCAUUAUCACUGAAAUACUAGCUUUCCCACAGACUCCAUUUCCCAUAACCCCACACUGGCGCUGGUUACCAGCACACCUGUUGCUUAUUCCCGGGACUAUUUUAGCUCCUUUAUUCUCCAUGCUAACUGGGAAGUCUUGUUUUGCCCUGGCUGACAUUACUGAGUGUUCUCUUGUAUUACUCUGUUGGAUUGCCAUGUUUGACCCUGAUCCCUGAAUUCUUGCUGCGUGCCUUGACCCUCUGCAUGUACUCUGAUUCUGCUUUUGCCUUGUUUCUGAUAACCCUGUCUACUGGUGAUUUAAGAGACACAGCUGGCCUUGUGUCUGCCCGUGCUAGAAACAAGCUCCCUUUCAGCAAGUUCAAUCACCAGACCCACACCAAUGGCUCAUUCCACAGCGUUCCCAGCAAAGUUUGAUGGAUCCUGCCAAAUGAUUUUUACUCAAGUGUUCCUUGAUUAUGUUCCUUGAUCAUGUUAUAUCCCACAGAUAAAAAGCCGAAUUCACCAGUAACUCUUUACUAAGAAGACAUGUUAGGGUUCUUUGGAGAUAUAAUGUUCCAACAAGCCAGCUUGACCAAUUACCAAAGAAGAAUGUCAAAAUUACUUAGGAAAAUAAGAUUUUCUUAUCAAAGUGAUAAAAAGUUAUGUUGCAAAAAUAAUGCACCAUCCUGAAAGUUACUAAAUAAAAAAAAUGUGUGUAGGUUUAAGACAAAUUUGGAUUAACAGGUAUGUAUAUUGAACCAAAACUUUUAAAAACAAGUAGGCCCGGUUUCACAGACAGGACUUAGCUUAAGCUAGGCUUAAGCCAUAGUUAAAUUAGGACUUUUAAGUAGUUUUUAGAAAUAUGACUUAGAUAAAAACAUUACUGGUGUGCAUAUACCAUGCAAGUGCAAGUGCAAGCUCACAGAGUACGACACCGCUUGCAGAAGUGACUAGAAUUGCGUACUAUUGCCAAAGCACAAUAAACUCAUUCAACCUCUUCCAAGGCCCAUAUUUACAAAAGAUAGACUUCUGGGAAUCCAUACUCUUGUCUCAAGAGACCAAGUCAAUCAUUUCGGAUACAAAAGCAUCCAAAAUGUUCUGGUGUUGCUAGAGGAGGAGUACAGUGAGAAGUGCCUGGUUCCCACAGUGACGUUCAGUGGUAGUAAAGCUCUUAUAGUGUGAUGUAUGAGGGCUGAAGGUGUGAGGGAGUUGUGCUUUAUCAACACUGUGUCAUGUAAUACAAUAACUUGAAACAGAAGAUGCUACCCUCUCCUCAUUCCCAGCAGUGUUGACAAUGAUAUUGAUAUGACAAGAUAUUCAUUCUCCCAAGGUGAAAAUCCUUCAGUGGGCAUGUAUUUCACUUAAUCUUAACACUUUUGAGGAGCUGUGGGGGAUUCUGUAGAGACAAGCUAGGCAACACUCCCCAUUAAAGACCAGGGCAAUAAGGAACAUCAUCCUCCAGGAGUUAAACAGGACAGAUGUGGCAUUUUAUCAUGAACUUGUACACUCAGUGCCAAGAAGGGUCAGAGCAGUAU